GUGACUGUUUAAAAUCAUGUGAUCACUCUUGGAUCACUCUUGGACAAAAUGGCGACACCCAGUGUUCCAACUUUGGUGGCCAGCUUGGACGUGGCAGAUGCUGCCUAUGAUUGUGUGGUUGUUGUGACAGACUCUGUUGUCAAACUGACUGGAAAUCUUGAGUGCCUCAAGCAGACAGUGGAAAACUAUGCCAAGGUUGAUAGCAUCAAAGAUGUGGUUCUAAUUGCCACUGAUGUUGUCCCAUCGGGCAGAGUGAUCUGGUCCCCCACAGGUCCACUCAAUCGGGACUAUGAUGAUGUUCGUAGAUUCUAUGAUGCGGGCGAGGUCGGCAUGAAAAGAGCAUUGAAGGCAGGUAGUCGAGCACCAUUAUUUGUAAGACCCAUUGAUGACACGUUUCCAGAGGCGGGCAAGUGUGCCACUCUCGGAGCCUUGCAGGCAGUAUAUGUGCCCCUUGAGAUACGCGAGGAUGUGCCUGACAGGGCGACAAAGGUGGACAAGAUUGGUAUCUGGUGUGACAAUCUGGAACGCGUACAGAAAGGGAUUGGUGUCCUUAACGCACUGGAAAUGGGGAGAGUUGUGACUAGAGACAUUGGAGGAACUGACCCAGAAAGAAUGGCUGCACCAAAAGCUGAAGAGUAUGUUACCAGUGUCCUUAAGGAUACAUGUAUCAAGGUUGAGGUGAUAUCCGAUGUUGCUGUGUUUGAGAAAGAGUACCCACUCCUGGCUGCAGUCAACCGGGCAGCUAGAAUGGUACCUCGUCACCAGGGCAGGCUGAUAUAUCUGGAAUACGAGGGAGAAGGGCCCAUUGAGAAAACGCUCUUCCUUGUCGGAAAGGGUAUCACCUACGACACCGGUGGUGCUGACAUCAAGGCCGGUGGUGUUAUGGCUGGCAUGCAUAGGGACAAGUGUGGAGCAGCGUUUGUAGCAGGUUUCUUCAAGACUCUGUCAGUGCUGAAACCCAAGGGAGUGAAAAUUGUUGGUGGUCUCGCUAUGGUUAGAAACAGUGUUGGAUCAGAGUGCUAUGUUGCUGAUGAGAUCAUCACAUCGAGAGCAGGCGUGCGCGUGAGAGUUGGUAACACAGACGCUGAGGGGCGUAUGGUCAUGGCCGAUGUAUUGUGUAGGAUGAAAGAACGAGCACUGGAAGCUGUCAAUCCACAGAUAUUUACCAUUGCCACACUGACCGGACAUGCAAUCAGGGCGUAUGGACCUGAAUAUUCGAUUAUUAUGGACAAUGGCCCUGCUCGUAAGCUGAACACCGCCCAGGAAUUUCAGAAAGCUGGGGAUCUGCUAGCUGAUCCUUUUGAGGUGUCAACUAUCAGGAGAGAGGACUACGUGUUCCACACGGGAAAGUCAGAGUAUGAGGACGUCCUGCAGUGUAACAACGCUGCUUCCAGUGCGACGGCUAGGGGUCAUCAGAGCCCAGCUGCAUUCCUUAUCAAAGCCUCAGGCCUGGAAAAUUACGGGAAUGAUUCCAAGACCCCCUUGCCAUACUCCCAUUUGGACAUUGCGGGAUCCAGCGGGCCUUUCCCGGGGGUGCCAACGGGUGCUCCCCUCCUUGCCAUGGCUGCACAGUAUAUCCUCCCACGAGUGUAGACCACAGCCAUGGGUGUAGGUGAUGGACGCAGAUGGGCAACACUAUGUGGACCAAUUGCCUUCUAACUUCUAACACAAAUAACAUGAACAAUGCAUAGUAUUCAUGGAUUGAAAAAAUGUGAUAACGAACAGUGCUUAACUUAUUUAAUUGUAGCCAUAAUAAUGUGAUGUGAAUUGCCAAUUGGCAAUUUAGUAUUACUAAAUUUAAUGCUUUAAAUCUUUAAUAAAAUCUGAUAUAAUUAAUAAUUACCUAGUCAAUAUAUAUAUCUGUCAUUUUUUAUAAAGCUUACAGUAUAAUGUAUCCAGAAGUUUUAUUUAUUCAGAUUUAUUGUUGUAAUAAUGAUUAAAAUUCAGUACUGUG